CCACCCGGAGCCACCCCGAAGGGGAACUGCCAGGCAGCCAUCACGGUGCUUCUCUGCUGAGCCAGUCUCCAGGGCUCAGGGCCGAUCUGCCCCUCGGCCGUCUGAACGGGUUCUCCGUCAGCAGAGACGGGGACCUGGACAGUGUCACCGAGUGCAGCCCCUGCGAACCGGCUCCUUCACACCGCUCAUCGCAACCCGGAGAUUGCCUGCCUGCCGUGUGCCGAGUGCCAGGAGGGAUUCCUUGUUGUCCGUCUGAGAAGAAGGCCAUCGGCGUUUCAACAAGGACAGCCUGAGUCUGCACUUCACUUUGGGCAGCGAGGACGGUGUGACAGUGUUGCUCCUGCCAACCCUGAGCUCAGUGUGUGUCCCCCGUCACGUGUCCCCUCUUGGUCUCCUUUCUCGGUUCCUCCAGCCGUCAGGGCGCAGGCUGUCCGCUCUCUGGUUGACCUUGUUCCUGGGUGGUUUCUGCUGUCGGACGCAGCCGCAGGAGGGGCUGACGACACCUCCCUCUGGUUACCCGUCACUGUUGCUCGGAAGUGCACCUGGUGUCCACGUUGUGUCCUGCGACCUCACUGCCUUCAUUUCCACGUUCUCAUGGGAUUUGGUGGUCCCUGCUGCCCAGCCCCUGCUGGCCUCUCUCUGUGCACAGCAGGUCCGGAUGGGGAGGUGCCUGGUGCCCCGACUGCCUGCCCUCCCUGUGUGCCUCGCCGUGGUCCAGCUGCUCAGCCCCUGCUCAGCUGAGUUUGCUGUGGUCGGACCCCCCGAGCCCAUCCUGGUCAUGGUGGGUGAAGACGCAGACCUGCCCUGUCACCUGUCCCCGAAGAUGAACGCUGAGGCCCUGCAGCUGAUGUGGGAGCGACCCGGCCGCAGGCAGGUAGUGCACGUGUACGCACACGGGCAGGAGGACACGCCGGCAGAGGAGUUUCGAGGGAGAACUUCGAUUAUAAGAGAGGACGUCACUGCGGGGAAGGCCGCUCUCCGGAUUCACAACGUCAGCGUCUCUGAUAACGGAACCUACCUGUGUUAUUUCCAAGAUGGAGACUUCUUUGAAAAUGCCCAGGUGGAGCUGCAGGUGGCAGUGCUGGGCUCUGAUCCCCACAUUGACAUGAAGGGCUACGAGGCUGGAGGGAUCCGUGUGAACUGCACGUCUGCCGGCUGGUACCCGCAGCCCCAGAUCCAGUGGAGAGACGCCAAGGGACAGAGCUUGUCCUCUGAGGCAGUAUGUGAGGCUGCAGACCCCCAGGGCCUUUAUGCAGCCUCAGCCUCUGUGAUCCUGGAAGAAGGCUCUGGGGAGGGGGUCUCCUGUGUCAUCAGAAACCCGCCUCUGGGCCAGGAGAGGUCAGCCAGGCUUUCCAUCCCAGGAACACAAAGUUUUGGGUGGUGGUGCUCUCCCUGGCCUCGCUGUCUCUUGUGGUGCUCCUAUUGCAUGUGGGGUACUUGCUGUGGCGACGGUGGAGGAGUAUCCAGGCCCUCUUCCAGGAGGAGGGGAGAGCAGGAGCUGAGAGAGAAGCAGCGCAGGCAGAGCUGCAGCAGGAGGGAAGCGCCCAAGGGCGGUCAAGGACCUGGUAGUGACCACGUCAGCUGCCCUGGACCUGCAUCUCAGCCUCUGCUCGCCACGAACAGGAUCUACUUUGGAUUCGGGCAGGAGGUUCCCAAAUGUAGCUGGAGGACGUUCAUGAGGCUCUUGGGACUGGAGGAGAACAACCUUGUCAUCUGUGAGCACGGGGACCUGGGGACCCUGGCGGAGCAGCACCACAGGAUGCUGCCGCGCUGGCAGAGCGAGCUGGGGCGCACCGCAUCCCCCUGCGGGCUCGUGGCGGCCCUCCAUGAGAUGCGGCUGCGGGAGCGUCUGAAGAAUGACACCAAGCACCUUCAGCUCCCACGCAGUCCCUCAGCGAAGUCUCCGCCACUCCAGCCAGCCUGUCCUGUCCAGACCCUUGGGUGUCAUCCCCACAGGCAUCUCCUCCCGAGUCCCCCCCACCCCAGGGUGUGAGGGUCCCCUGUCCCUCCCAGACCUGUGUGCCCAGCCCUCUAGGCCCCGCCUCCCUCCACGCUGCUGCCCAUCACUGACUCAGCUUCUGUCCACUCUGGCUCCCCUCCGGCCCCCCCGAGUCCAGUCUCCUCCACUGCAGCUGGACUGGGGGUGGGAGCACAGAUCUGGCCUCCACCCUCCCUGCCACCCACCCUUACCCCACCCUGGGGAGGGUCCUGCCAUUCCUGAUUCGUUCAGGGGAACUGGCAGCCCCUGCCCACGCCCCAAGCCCAAACCUCUUGGCAUUGCAUACAAUGUGGUCACGCUGAGUUUGCCAGCAGCUUGGCUUCUCCUGGGGUCACUCGCAGGACAGUCCACUCGGCCUGGAACGCACGCCCCGUCCACCCCCAGUCCCUUCCUCUCAGCCUGCUUGGAACUGGUCUUCUGUCGGGCCAGCCCAUUGCAGCCCCAGGGGCGGAUCUCUGACCGUCUGGCUGGGGGUUGUCCCCACACCAUGGGGGUCAUGCUGACUUCAACACCCAUGCACGAGAUGACCUGUCCCUGAGGCCUGCGUCUCCGCAGAGGGACUUCGACCUCUGCCCCUCGGCCC